CGACGUUGGGACUAGAGGAUCUCGCGUGCAUAUAUAUAUAUAUAGAGAUAGAUAGAUAGAUAGAUAUAUCCAGGUGUCUCAUCUCUCGCUACAAACGGAGCUGAUCACUGGACCCAGCUUUGUCAGCAGAGAAACGAACGAGGGUACACUGGCUUCUCUGCCCGGGAAAUGAGACUCAACUCGAACCUACAUUUAUACAGAACCCUAGACAUAGGGUAUAGCGAGAAUACCGGUCUGUUUGAAACCAAACUCGUGCUCCGCCUGCUCCAACAGCUUGAGAAAGCCUGGGUGGGCCAGGUAGCUCAACUCCACGACGAACCUCCUCAGCUCGCCACCAUCAACCGCGUGCACGACGAAAUGCCCCUUCUUCACAUCCUCCGGCAGACCACUGAGCAACCGACGGGACUCCUCUUCACAGUCGUACCUACAUACGAAGAUCUUCUGGAGCAUCUUGGUGACGAGCUUAUGGAUAAGGAAACCUCGGCUCAUCCUCCCGAGUUGAGACAGAGACGGUGCAGACGAGGUAUGUUUAUCUGCCAAAACCCGAGGAUUUAUAGACAGGGAAAGAGGGAACAAAAAUUCAGAUCAGUAAGAUGGAUCAUAUGCAGAGACUAUGAGAGGUCCCUUUCAGCCAGUCGUAUCGGAGCAGUACAAGUAAGGACAGUUUCCAACCAUAUAUGUGAGAAUAACGGAUAGCAGGGAGAUGAUAACGCGAAAUAGAAGGCGCUCGUGCAGCAUGUGCUGUGCAGGCGGGGGCCGGGGCCGGGGAGGGGGACCGGUCGAACGAUGCUUAGACGUCCCAAUCCUGUCUGCUACAGUGCAAUGGAGAUACUUUAUGGAGAUGGCUAUGGCCAAAUAUAUCAACAGAUCAACUAGCUUGUUUUGAUACAUAGUCAGUUUGAACGUGAUUCCAUUCCAUAUUGCAAUUUCUCUCUAGAAAAAUGUAGAUUGGUUUUAACUCUGUGCUGUGGAUCUGGAAACAAAGCUGGUAUCUCUCACUGCUUAGAAAAUGCUGACGUGUAGACAUAGUAAAGUAGGGAAAGUUUUUUGAAGUGUUUGAAUUUUUAUUUUAUUAUAAGGAUGCGUUUACUUUGUAUUGAA